AAGUGCUCCAGGCGGCACUGGAUUGGUGUCGGCCGCACGGAAGUGUUUGUGCGGGGCCUGAGUGUAUGAUGGUCGGUCAUCGGAGAGGAACGAGACGGUGAAAACGACGGGAGAUAGGAAACGCAGACGGUGAGAGAGGUGAAGCUCCCAGCGCACAGUGUGUCAGGAUGAUGCGUCCACUGCUGAUGUGUUUUAUCCUGUGCGUCGUUUAUGGCAGCAGUAAACCCACAGAGCAGAAGACUCGAGUUCUUCACCAGGAACCUCUCAGCCAUGUGGAGCACGAUGACAACAAAAACUACGACUAUGACCACGAAGCUUUUCUGGGUCAAGAUGAAGCUAAAACCUUUGAACACCUCCCACCAGAGGAGAGCAAACGGAGGCUCGGCAUCAUCGUGGACAAAAUCGACAGUAACAAAGACGGUUUUAUCUCUGAGGAGGAGCUGAAGGUUUGGAUCAAAAGUGCUCAGAAGAAACACAUUUACGACAGCGUGGAGCAUCAGUGGAAAGACUUUGAUAUGAACGGCGACGGUCGGAUCAGCUGGGACGAGUAUAAAAACGUGACAUAUGGUAGUUACCUCGAUGACCCUCAGACAGACACAGAGUACAACUACACCCACAUGAUGCUGAGGGACGAGAGACGUUUCAAGGCCGCUGACACAGACGGAGAUUUGAUCGCAGACAAACAAGAGUUCACAGCUUUUCUUCAUCCUGAAGAUCACGAACACAUGAAGGACAUCGUGGUACAGGAAACGGUAGAAGACAUCGACAAGAACGGAGACGGUUUCAUCGACCUGAAGGAGUACAUCGGUGACAUGUACACUGCAGAGGGUGAUGAUGAAGAACCAGAAUGGGUGGCAACAGAACGUCAACAGUUUUCAGAGUUCAGAGACAAAAACCACGAUGGGAAGAUGGACAAAGAGGAAACUCUGGACUGGAUUCUUCCAUCUGAUUACGACCACGCUGAAGCUGAAGCCCAACACCUGCUGCAUGAGUCCGACACCAACAAGGAUGGAAAACUGACCAAGAAGGAAAUUCUGGACAAAUAUGAUGUGUUUGUUGGAAGUCAGGUGACGGACUUUGGAGAGGCUUUACUACGACACGACGAGUUCUAGACACACAGCUGAUUUUUAGAUAGAAAACCUGAUUUUACAGUUUUUGAAGAAUAAUUUAUUUUGUAAACCAACAAAAGAAAAGGUUUUAUUAACAUUGUGUGUUUACAUUUGGAGAGUUAAGUUAAAAAACUUCACUUCUGUUUCGUUCACAUGAUCAGUUUCUGUUCCUCACUCUGAUGCCUCAGAUUUUACGUUGCCCUCUACUGAGUUCAUGUUUGUUUACUUGUGUUUAUGAUGCCAUCAAACACAUUCAUGUUUAAAGACUGAACUUCAGACCUUUGAUUGAAUAAAUUUAACGUCACAGUUGCUGGAGAUGAGAUAAAGUGAUAAGUGCUUUAAAAGUAAUUGUAACUCCACAUUUUAUAUCACUGUAAAACUUAUUUACACCAGUGUGUGUCAAAUUUGCACUCAGCCAGAAAAUCACUAAUCCAUAUUUUGGACCACAUGCUGUAUUUUGACUUUUACAGCCUGUUUAUCAAUAAAAAAAGAAAAUUGAAA